UGUUGCAAGAGGAGGUGAGAAGGCGAGCUUUACACAGAUAGAGAGAGAGAGAGAGAAAGAGAGAGAGACAGGCGGUGUGAUAGUCAGUACACAGAACAGAGACAUUCAGGAAUAGAACAGGCAAUGCAUACACUCAGAUAGUGCACUUGAGCCUUUGCAUUUAUUUCCCUGCUUGUGUGUGUGUGUGUGUUUGUGUGUGUGAGAGAGAGAGAGAGAGAGGGAGAGCUCAGUGCGUUUCCACGGUUGUCCUGAGGCCGUGGCAACCAUGGCAUCAGAGGCAAACACCCAAUCCAGGGUGAUGUUCCAGUCCACGGACAAAGCUACAGAGCCGGGACACCGCAAGCUGGGCAAGCUGACUGUCAAAUACAACCGCAAGGAUCUGCAGAGGAGGCUGGAUAUCGAGGAAUGGAUAGAUGAGCAGCUGCACCUGCUCUUUGACUGUGAGGAAGAAGACAUCCCAGAGUUGGAGAUUGACAUAGAUGAGCUCCUGGAACUAUCAGAUGAGGGACAAAGACUUCGACUCCAGGAGUUGUUGCAGGAGUGCGGGAAGCCCAUAGAGGAUUUUGUCAACGGGCUGCUCUAUAGGAUAAAGGGACUACGUAAAAUGUCAGGCCCUUUGAAGAAAUAGUUACAGGGUCAGCAUCAAGCAAUGGAACACCAAGACAGUCUAUCAAGUUCAAGAAUUUUCUUUAAUUAAGAUUUGUGGACCGCUAUGAUAAUAUAUACAGUACAUAAACAUGUACAUACAUAUACUGUACAUGUCUCCCUUGAAUAUAAUAAUGCACAUGUGAUAAAAGGUAUAGUAUUACUCAAGUUGUUUUUUUGUGGAAGACUGUAUAUUUUUUGCUUGCUUGUUCAUGUAAAUAAAUAUUUUUGUUUGCUUUAAGAGUGCUGUAUGACAAUAAAAUAAGGCAUUUUCAA